UGAUUAGAACGUAGCUGGGAAUCUAGCGGAGUAGUAACAGUGAUUAGCUGGUGGACUCGCGCGGACGUCAGAGAGGAAGGCAACGGACAAAGCGAGGAGACUACUUUGUACGCGAACGUCAGAGAAGACAGCCGGAGACUUCAGUCCUAACUUCGAAGUGCUUCACUUUUCUGUGUCACGUUUGGGAUUCUGUUUCGCUUGAAAUUUUAGCCAUGGCAAGUUUGGAGCUUUCGGACUUUCAGAAGAGGAAAAUAAUGAGUGUCUUCAACACCCUGUAUGACACUAACAAAGACGGCGUCAUCGAGAAAUCAGAUUUUGAAGAGGCCAUAAACAAAAUCUGUCACAUCCACGGCUGGCCCAAAGGAGGCGAGAAGUACCAAGAGGCUCAACAAACGCUCAGCCUGAUAUGGGAGGGACUGAAAGGAAUCGCUGACGAAAACAAGGACGACAUGGUGACGAAGGACGAGUGGGUUCAGAUGUGGUCGUCGUGCGUUCGAGACGUCAGCUCGGGGGAAGGUUUUCCGCACUGGCAGAAGAAAUACAUGGAUUUCAUGUUCAGAGUUAAUGACACGUCAGGCGACAACUACAUCGACAAGAAGGAGUACACCACAAUCUAUACGUCCUUCGGCAUCGACAAAGAAGAGUGCGAGUCUGCGUUUGAUCAUCUAGCCGACGGGACGGAUGGAAGAAUUUCCAGGGAGGAUUUCGAGAACUUAUGGAGAGAGUACUUCGUAUCUGACGACAUUAGUGCCAGAGGAAAUUACCUGUUCGGUCGUCCACCAUUUUGAAUGUAGUUCCGGAAGCGGAUGUUAUGUUUUCGUGCAUGCGCAUGAGCAGGAAGACGGACACAUUCGAUAACGGGGAUACUGUUUGGCCCUGUUUGGUAUUAGGUUGAGGCCAACGGUGGAGCACAGCUGGGAUCAAUACAGAUUAUGUAAGGUCGAUUGAAAAGCGACAAACCCCGCAUAACUGCACAAGAGUUAAGCGCAUUCUAUUGGCCUGGCUCUAACUCCUACUUUGUAACUUUUAUAUGUUAUAUUCUUAAGACGACUAUAGCACGUGUAGCACACGUUUUAUACAAUCCUUUUGUUACUUCUUGUUGUAGGAAAUAUUUUGCUGGCAUAACUCAAGAUAGAAGGUAGUGACAAUAGUAUCGCACAUUAGAUGCUUUCGUAUUAGGAAGGUGCAAAACUACUAGAAACGUAAGGCAAAGAAUUAUUAUUUACACUACACUGCAAUGAUAUAUUAAAAACGACGUUAUAGACGUCAUUGACGACCCCUCAACUGCGCCCCAAAAUUAAUUAAAAAAUUAUGCAGUGUAGUCAAAGUGGAUAAUAUUAUGAAACAGCUGAAACAACCAAAUUCCCUAAAUUCAG